AAUGUAAGCAAAUUUACCAGGUGGAAAUGGUCAUCUCAAGCCUAGUUUAAAAUUAAAUUAAAUUGUCUAUCUUGGUGCUCACAAUUCCCCUAUGUCAAAAUGUUAUGGAUGGGUAUAUGCUUAACAAAAUGUAACAAUAACAGAAUAGUUCGAAACUUAUGGUGCUAGGCAUUUCAAAAUUCCAUUACAUUGGCAUGUAUAAGAUGGAAUACCUUAAGUAUUUUUAUUUAAUUAAUUAGAUUGUGGUUGCACAUGAGGGAGAUGGGGGUUCCAAUUGCAAACUUAGUCUUGUAUAGAGAGCUUUGAAAAAUCCAGAAAAAGCCAUAGAACGUCUUAAAGAAUUAUUUGAUUUAGCAUUCAAAUAUCCUAAUGAAAUAAUGAUUGUGAAACUUGAGAGUAAAUUAUUAUGUAAUACAAAAAAUAAUGGGACAUUUGGAUGGGAUCGAAGCCUAAUUACUAAAAUGUUGCAUAGUUUAUUAGUCGAACUCAAAGGAGAAGAAAGAGCUAUAACAUUUUAAGAAAAUGAUCCACCUACUUUAGGUUGGUGUAGGGAAAAUCAAAAGAAUAUAUUAAUUACAAUUGAGCCAAGAGAAUAAGUUGUAGAAGAAUUAUAAAAUUAUACAUAUUAUUCAUAUAGAAUAGGAGCUCAAGUAGAUUGGGAAACUGAUCCUUUAGAGGAUGUUAAAACUGGUAAGGUAUAGAGAGGAGUAACAAAUAAGAAUGAUGGAUCUAUUUGGUCACCUUUUUUAGAAAUUCAUUUAAAUCCUGAAAAUUCUUUUAAGUAAACAUUUCUCUAUAUUAUUUAGACCAGAUUACUAAUAUAGAACUAAAUAUAAUUUCUAUUAACAUGUAAAAAAACGGUUUUUACAAUAUUAUCAUCAUUGUAGAAAGAUGCCUAAUUUUGUUGUUGCUGAUUUCUUAGAUUAAGGAGAUGCUUCAAUGUUUGUGGAUGAUGUUAAUCAAAUUAUUAAUGAAAAUGAUGGUUUUAAGCCAGAAUUAUUUUGA